AUGGCAUCAUUCGCUCGAACUGUGCUUGCUACUACUCGGUCUACGACAGCGGUCCGUCCGCUCCACCGAGCAUUGAAUGUCAUUCGACCUCGAGCUACAGCUAUAGCUAUAGCUAUAGCCGGACCCUCAUUCCGUAGAGGAUACGCAACUUCUUCAGGGGAAUCAUCACCCAUCGAUCCAUCCCUGACACGAGCAUUAGAUCUGAUAGAGUCUGGAACUAGAGCAUUGGAAGAUGGAGAUCUAUCAAAAGCUGCUAAACAUUAUAGGGAAAGUGUAGAGACCAAAGAAACGAGUGAAGGCUGGCAUAAUCUAGGUAACUGCGAAUAUCAUCUACAAAACAAAAUAGCAGCAGUUGAAGCGUGGGGUAAAUCAAUACAACUUCAACCUUCAGCAGAUGCACAUACAAACCUGGCUUCAGCAUACGUAUUGGAUUCUCCACCAAAACCAGCUUUGGCGAUUAAACAUCUGACUUCAGCAUUGGAAUUGACACCUGAAGAUCCAGAGAUCGCUUUCAACCUGGCGGCUGUGUUGGAAUCCACUGGUCAACUAGAACCCUCGCUCACUUUAUACAAAAAAGCUCACUCAGGUGGAAUAGAACGUGCCGCUCAAAACGUAAGAAACGUCAGUGCCAAGAUCAUCGGAGAAAGAGCAAAAUCAGAAUCAAAAGAAGGUAAUCCAUAG